UUUCUACAGUGUCAAGUUUUGUUACGAUUUUCGCCGCUACAGAGCGCCAAAGAAAUCUAUGGACGUGUGACAAUCGAAUGUUCAUAAAUAGAAACCACUUCGUCAAUCCUAACCUCGAAAUUUUUGCGGUAUCACAAAAGUGUGUGAACCCAGAGUUUAGUGAACAAUAAUUGGAAAUUGUAUAUUAAUAUGUCCAGUACUGAUGAAUCUCUAGUAACUAAAAAUUAUUGCAAAGUAUAUAACCGACUCACAAUCCUAAAUCCUAAUGAUCAAAUUAAGGAAUUGCAAACAAUACUUAGGGACAAAAAUACUACUAGAAGUGAUUUUAAAUUUUAUGCAGACAGACUCAUACGCUUAGUAAUCGAAGAAAGCCUGAAUCAACUUCCAUUUACGGACUGCCAAGUCAUCACACCUACAGGGGCAACAUAUAAAGGUUUAAAGUACAAAUCAGGUAAUUGUGGUGUAUCGAUUAUACGUUCUGGGGAGGCAAUGGAACAAGGUCUCAGGGAUUGUUGUCGUAGUAUAAGGAUAGGAAAAAUUUUAGUAGAAUCUGACGCUGAUACCCAUGAUGCCAGGGUAGUCUAUGCUAGGUUUCCUGAAGACAUUGGACAAAGGCAUGUUCUUCUCAUGUAUCCUAUUAUGUCUACUGGAAAUACUGUUAGUCAAGCAGUGAAUGUAUUAAAGGAACAUGGAGUUCAAGAAGAAUGUAUUAUUCUCAGCAAUUUAUUUUGCACUCCCAAAGCUGUUGAUGCCGUUUUACAAUCUUACCCGAAACUGAAAAUACUUACCUCAGAAAUACACCCCGUUGCUCCAAAUCAUUUUGGCCAAAAGUACUUUGGUACAGAUUAAUUUAUAUCACAAUAUCAUGUAUUAUUUUUUUAGAUCUUUAUGCAUUGGUGCAUUUUUAAGUAAUUUUUUACCUAGUCAUAUUGAAUUUGUUUGACAUACAAUUUUUACUUUUUUAUAUUGAGAACAGGAACACAAUUAUAUAAAAAAUUUACAGUCAAUAUACAAUGUAAGUUCAAAUCAGUGAUGAUUGUAUUUAAUUCAACUGAAUAAAAGAUUAGAUAAUAAAGAAAGAAUUUAUUAAAAAUAUAGGCUAAACAUUUUUAGAAGGUCAUGCAGACUGUUGCUGCAAGCGAACACAAUUGAAUAUAUUCACUGCCACCAUCCUGUACAUAAUAAUUGAUGCUCUGUAAAAAUUGCAUUGUCAGUUUUUAUCAUUAUCUAGUAUAAAUAUUAAGUUGGCUAGAGACUCGUACAAUUCAACUCUCAGUGUCAUUUG